AUGAACGGUGGCGAGGAGUUUGCGCAGCUUUUGUUGGAGGGGAAGAAAGGGGAGGCGUUGUUAGGGACUUGGAUAACGCCUGGUUUGUGCACCACCAACACCAGCAGCCGCAUUGGCAUAGGAGGCGUCCCGUCACCGAACGAUCAUUAUCCUGCGUUCAGCGGUAUAACCCUCCCCAGCGUCCCUUUCCUCCCUACCUCCCGCGCCUUCGCCCCCCACCCAGUCUCACUUCAACAAGAUCAUUCCCCUCUCCCAGAAGUCGACACCUCGCCGUCUAACCCCUCUUUCCAGCUCGAAAGUCCGCAGCAAGAAUCACCGUUCAACGAAUCCUUCCCUCAGCUCACAUCAUCACUUCGUCGGCCGAGUCCGCAUGUUACACUAGGUCCCAUGGAUCCCUUGCCUGAUGCGAUGGACUGGCUGACCCCAGCGUCAGACGUGGAUGUAGUGUAUUCGGAGGCACCGACGCCUUAUGAGUACGAGGGCCACCUGCGUUCGCGCGGGAUGACCUUUCUAUCUUCGCCCUCGCGAGCUCGAGGAGCGAGGAUGAACGUGAACACGAACAACCCGCCCAACAACCUUCUGUUCCUGUGCUGCACCAGCCUAAACACUCAGCCCACUGCUACUGCGUUCAGCGAUAUGUGGAAAGAUGUGGGUGGGGCGGUAUAUGGUGGUUUGAGCGUCGUUGAUGGCUAUGCCGCCGACGUGGCGUUUGAUACCCUGUUUGAGCCCUUAGGGUUCGAUGCUGGCUAUGGCGUUGAAGGAGCAGUGGGAGCGGUGGGGUAUGAGUAUGCGGAAGGGAUGGGUAUGGUUGUUUGA